AUGUCUUCUAAAGACGAAGAAUGUACCAUUUGUUUAGAACCGUUAAACCAAAAAUGUGAAAUAGGGAUCAUUAAGGACUGUUGCCACUAUUAUCACGAUCACUGCAUCCUUCAGUGGUCGUCUAACUCCAAUUCAUGUCCAACUUGUCGCAAAUUGUUUUAUUAUGUUGAGUUAAGAAAGAAAGAUUCAAGUAGCAUGUCUAAAUUGGUUAGCAUUACUGAUAAACUAUUGCCAAACGAUGCAAUAGAUAAUAUUCCCAGGGAAUUUGUUAUACCUUAUAAUCAGUCCCCUGGCAUAUUUGUGCCUCAAACAGUCUCUACCGAUGGUAUAUGUAUUAUAUGUACGAGUUCAGACUAUAGGAGUUCUAGUAGGCAGAUGAUAGCCUGCUCUUGUUGUGGAACAAACUUUCACCAUGAUUGCUUGGGAAUUACUGACCAAGGUGAUGAUAUAACUUGGUAUUGUCCAAUAUGUGAUAACAGGCAACUUUGUGAAAGCUCUACUUUCAACUUAGAAAGACUUGCAAGGCUGGCCCAUAUGCAUACUAGAGUAACCACUAGCGGUCAUCAGAGAAGACUGCUGACUCGCAACUCACCCUCGACUGAAAGUUCAACUUAUUUGCCCCGAAGAAGACCAGGCUUAAUUAUACAUAAUGAGAAUGACGAAUUGGAUGAUGACUUUUUAUAUGAGAAUAAUGAUAUAAGUAAUGACAAUCGGCCCAUAGUUAAUGGUGGAACAAUCCUUCGAAGAGAACUCAAGAUUCAACAGAGUUUGUCUAAGGAUGAAGCUAAAUCAUGGGAUAUAUUUGAAGAAGCAAGAAGGAGCUCAGAUGAACCAGCUAGUGCUCUGAACACCGGACUAACAUCAUCCACAAAUGAAACAAAAAGGAGGAAAAGAAAGAGGAUAACUCCAGUGGAACCAUCUGGUUCGCUGUCUUCAUCUACUGGACAGUCAAGGAUAUCAACUUUUUUAAACCAGAUCAGAAAUCCUGCUACGAAGAAACGCCUUACUCUGAAGAAAGGCUAUAUUAACAGUAAGCCACGCGACGAGAUACUCCCACCAGCUUCUUUUAGCCCUAGCGAGAGCGAUUCGGAUACGGAAUUUUACAGUAGAGGAAUAACUCCUCUGCUAUCAUUAACUCAAAAGAUGGAUAUUCAAAAGUAUAUUCGAGACAGAUUAAAGCCCAUAUAUCGUCCCAGUAGCCCAAUUGAAGAUACAAUGGAACCUAUCAUCAGAACUGAGGAGACUUUUAUCAAUAUAAAUAAGAGAAUUUCCAGACAAGUUUAUGAGCAUAUUACAUCAUUACUACAAGAGGAUGAGAGAAAAAGUCUUAAUAACAUAUUUGAGAAUAAAACUAUUUUGAAAGAGAUUGUCUACACAUAUCUCGAGAAAGAAUUGGAAAGUCUCAAAAGACCGUGA